AUGGAAGACCAACGCCGGAGGAUCGAUUUAAUUGUCUUUUAUUCUCGUGUGGUAUCGUCUGAGCAACGGACACUAAACAUUAGCAUCCACAAUGCUAAGAAGAGGGGAAACCGAGGGAUACAACCACGGACUUCAUCUAUAAGUGAAGUCGGCGCCGCGAUCUUCGACGCGCUGGAAUCCCAGGAGGAGACGAGCCAAAAGAAGGACCUGGACCAGAGGAAAGACAGGCUGCUCCACAUCUUCAACGUGUCCACGGUGGCUUUCGACGAGCUGGAGAAGGUGGUGCUGCAGCUGAAGCCUCACAAAGCCGGCGUGCAGUGGAAAUUCACCGGUUCUUUUUACUUCGCCAUCACUGUGAUCACAACCAUAGCCCUGUUAGAAACGAGGCCCCGGGACAUUGUGAGCCGACACAGGACACCCCCGAGGAGCAGGGAGCACGACAUGAUGUGAAAACAUCUCUGUGAUUUUACCACCGCCGAAAAAGCAAACAGCCUCAUCCAUCUCGACAGAGGCUGCUUCAGGAUUCACACUGGAUGUAACGCUGGAGGUGGAGGAGAUAGCACGGAAACAAAUAAUGUCCAGGAAAGCUAUGAAUAAAAUAUACAUUUAAAUUCCUGUUUCUGGGCUGUACAUUCACCCACGGUGGAUGGAGGAAAGAAAAAACACGUGACAAGAUGUGGCCUUGGCACGCUCUACUAAUAAUUUAACAUGAGAAGAAGAUGAAGAAGAUGGAAAGGGGGAGGCAGUAAUCAGUAAUCAGUCAUCACUUUCCACAGGAAAAGAAAAGGGGAGGAGGGGACGAGGGAGGACAGGGUGUCCAUUUACUGGCCAACUGUAAAGGGGGGAGGAGGGGUGGAGCCGUGUGACAAAACACAACAAGAGGAGAAAAAACACCCCAGCGAGGAGCACCUGAACAAGGAGGGAUACGUUUAAUUAUGAGAGUGUACUGCAGGGAGAAGGGUGCCUCUAGUGGUCAAAAUGUAAUAAAAUCGUAUGGCAUAGUUUUGAGACAUAGCUAAUCGCUAGAAGUUAUAAAAAAGUAUGAAAAACAAUAGCUAAAAAUUUGCCAAAAUUGAUGUAGAAAUGUUACUGCAGGUGGGAAUUGGAGAAACACAAAAUAUAAAAAUGUCUUAAUAUUUACAAAAUGAGGCUAAAAAUAAUCAAAGGAAAAAAUAAAGUCAACCAAGAAAUAACUAAAUACACAGCAAAAAAAAAAAAAUGUUAAAGGUAGUUCUGCAGGAAGAAUAAAAAACAAUGAUAACAGUAUUGAUUUGUAAAAACCACCAAAUGAAACCGUCCACAGAGAAACCUGUCUCAGUGCCAUCAAAUGUCCGUCAGGACAAGAAGACACUGGAGGGUCGGGGGCUGAGUGUGGUUUAAAGUCCGGCGUUGAGGCAGCAGUGAAGUGGCUGCAGGAACAUCUCAGUCCUCUGGUGUCCUCAGCUCACACCACUUCACUGCAGCUUAUUACCACCUCAAACACACACAAUAUAAAACCAGCACCAAAUGAAACUGUGUGUCAUAGCCCCUGCUCACGGUGUGUGUGUGUGUGUGUGUGUGGCCUGAUAAGAUCAUGACAUGUGA